AUGUCAUCUUCAAUUCGCAAUUCUCUCCAUCGUCGAAACCACAAGGAACGUUCUCAGCUUGCCCAUCGUACGCGUCUGGGCAUUCUCGAGAAACACAAGGAUUAUGUCUUGCGAGCAAGGGACUAUCAUUCAAAGCAGGACAGAAUCAUCCGCUUGAAGCAGAAGGCUGCUGACAGGAACAAAGAUGAAUUCUAUUUUUCCAUGAAAAGACAAAGGACGGAAGGUGGUGUGCAUGUACAAGAUAGAGGCAAUGUAGCACUUCCAGCUGAUAUGGUGAAGGUGCUGAAAAGCCAGGAUGAGGCCUACAUCCGUACCAUGCGAGCGAUGGGCAUGAAGAAAAUUGAGAAGCUGAAAAGUCAAUUGAGCUCUCUGGCUGAUCUGCUUCGGCCAGGGUCUCUGGAUGCUGAAAUCGAGGAAAGUAACCUCGAUGAAGAGGAAUUAGAGAUUCUUAGAGAGGUGGGCUUGAUUGCGGGACCAUCCCAGGGACGGAAAAAGUCUAGUUCGAAAGGGUCUGCAAAGCAUAUUAUCUUUGCAGUGAAUGCGGAAGAAGCUCAGCAACAUGCAACUCGGAAUAAAAGAAAAUUGCCAUCAGACAACACAGCCGCAACCACUGAGAUGAAAGUCAUUGAUCUUGGAUGGAGAUCGACGAUGCAGAAAAAAGGCAAAACGAAGGCUGAUACUGAUGCAGAUGUGGAGGUAGGGAAAGCCUCGCUUAUCAACGAACGGAGAGAGGCCACAGAACAUCGUGGACGACUUCUGAAGGAACUCUCGGCACGUUUAAUUCGCGAUCGAAUGCUUCGAUACGCAGAAAGAGAGUUAGAGAUGCAGAGGCUGUUGAUGGGAAAGGGUGGAUCAAAGAAACUGAAGGGCGUCGAGAAGGUGGAGGAAGACGACGAGGACGAUGAGGACGACGAUAUCGGUACGAGGAGUGCUAAGGCUGCGCAGGAUAACGGAGCGGUGGAUAAAAAGGCGUACAAGCCCCGGGUGUACAAAUGGCGAGUGGAACGCAAGCGAUAG